AAUAAUGGGAGGCACGAGGCGGUGUCAAAUGAAAACCGAGAGGGCAGGAUGGAGAGCGGAUGAUAUUGCCAGUCUAUUGUCGAACUCUUUCAGUUGUUAUUCCGCGCAUCAGCGUGUUUUUACAGCUACAUCGAUAACUUAUUGUCGCUAAAACUCGCAGGAUUUACCGGAAUCUCAUUUUGCCUCUAAAAUGAUAUUCUUAUCAUUCAAACCUAUUUGUCUCCUUGGACGUCUUGUCUGUGUCGGUAGGUAAAAUCAAACUUAUUUAGUUAGCCACAGAGAUGGACUCUGCAGCCCCUCCUCAGCUCGUGCUAGAGUCAUUCGACAGGAAUGCCGCGGCAUCCGAAGGCAACUCCGAAUAUUUACAAUCUGUAAGUAGCGAAUCGAGCUCAUUCAUCAUGGUUCAGCCCAAAAAUCGUCUCGAAGUGCCGUCCAGGUUGUGGGUGACGACGGUUGUUGUUAUCGUGAUUGUCCUUCAAGUUGCCUCGACCACAGGACUCUUCAUAUUCUUGAACAUGUCAAUGGCACAGGCUCGGACAGAAGGUGUGGUGGAGGAGCUGAGGUGUCUUGGUCUUCUGAAUGCUAUGGAGAAAGAACAGGAUGUUCCUGAUGACCUGGUUCAGCUCUUUGGGGAGCCAUGCAUUAAACUAGCUGAGGGACUCAAAGCCUACAUCUCUAAGGUCACAGAAAACAUAAUCUCAAAACACACCUUUCAAGAAAGAGUAGCUAUCCCUCCACGUACAAAGUUACUCACCACUGGCAGCCCACGGCCGUCAGCUCAUCUUACUCUCAGAGACAGUGGACUGCAGGGUACAACAUCCUUAACCCCCCAGACCGAUCUUCACCAGUCCUGUCGCCAUCCCGUUCGUUCCUGGGGGAAUCAGAGUUUUGGCUCCCACCUGCACAAUAUGACCGUGUCCAACGGCCACCUGCGUAUUCCUCGUGCAGGCCGCUACUACCUGUACGCUCAAGUCUAUUUCCGUUACCUCACCCUCUCCAUUGACAAUUACCACUCUGGUUCUGUCAGCCACCAGGUGGUGCAAUGUGUCUACAAGAAGACUGCCUACGCUCGCCCUAUUCAGCUCCUGAAGGGUGUGGGCACCAAAUGUUGGUCUCCAGACAGCGAGAACGCCCUUCACUCCAUCUACCAGGGCGGCCUGUUUGAACUUCGUGCGGGCGAUGAGAUCUUCAUCUCCGUGUCCUCUCCCACAGCUGUGUAUGCAGAAGACUCCUCAAGCUACUUUGGGGCCUUCCUGUUUGACCUCUGAGGGACGCAGUUGGGGCUUGUGGUCUCAUUCCAAGGGAAAGGAAAUUGCUCCUUUCUGAGGGCCCCACAUGGGAACCAUGAAGAGAGGGAAGCACAGAUAUUCCACCAUCUGAUGGGUUUUAAAAAACCAUUUAAUGACCAAACAACUCUUAUUUUUCAGAAAACCAUCUUGUUAUUGUGGUCUGAGAUGAGGAGGACCAUUUAACUCUCAUAGGCUGAAUUUUAUAUGGACAUUUAGGCUUCGGCAGCAAGAGCGAUGACCUCCGGACUUCCAUCUGAAUGGGCAGAUCAUGAGCAAAUCUGUGAGGGCUUUGUGAAGACAAACCUGACAUUUAAUGCUUGGAAGACCUGAAAAUGAUGACAAUGACCGUCACUAUUUAACCACAUAAAAAAAGCCAAAAUAAUUCCUUAAAAUUAAGACUUUUUACCUUCAACAAAUGCACAAAACUUUGUGCAAGCUGCUACUAAAUGUACAUGCAAACCAUGCCAGAUUGAUAGUCUUCUCCUUUUUAAUAAAUGUUUAUAUUGUUC